GGCAGUGCCGGGCGGCCAUGGCUGGCGAGGUGCUGGGCCGGACGGCGGCGAUGGCGCUCGAAGAGCUGUACGUGUCUGAACGAGAGGGCAAUGACUCUACCGGUGAUGGGACGCAGAAGAAACCAUUCAAGACAGUGUUAAAGGCAUUGAUGACAGCAGGGAAAGAGCCAUUUCCUACGAUUUAUGUGGAUUCUCAAAAGGAAAAUGAGAGAUGGGCCAUCAUUUCCAAGUCACAGAUGAAGAAUGUCAAAAAGCUGUGGCACAGGGAGCAGAUGAAGAAUGAAGCCAAGGAGAAGAAAGAGGCAGAAGAUCUCUUGAGAAGAGAGAAGAACCUGGAGGAAGCUAAGAAGGUUGUUAUCAAGAAUGAUCCCAGCCUUCCAGAGCCCAAAUGCGUGAAGAUCAACGCUCUGGAGGCUUACAGAGGGCAGAGAGUGAAGAUUUUUGGCUGGAUUCACAGGUUACGGAGGCAAGGGAAAAAUCUGAUGUUCAUUGUCCUGAGAGAUGGCACAGGGUUUCUUCAGUGCGUCCUUUCUGAUGACCUGUGCCAGUGCUACAACGGGCUGGUGCUGUCCACCGAGAGCAGCGUGGCGGUGUACGGCACUCUGAACCUCCUGCCUGAGGGCAAGCAGGCUCCGGGAGGCCACGAGCUGAGCUGUGAUUACUGGGAGCUCAUCGGCCUGGCCCCGGCAGGAGGGGCUGACAAUCUGCUCAACGAGGACUCGGAGGUGGACGUGCAGCUCAACAACAGGCACAUGAUGAUUCGAGGUGAGAACAUGUCCAAAAUCUUCAAGGUGCGCUCCAUGGUCGUGCAGGCCUUCAGGGAUCACUUCUUUGCCAACGGCUACUAUGAAGUCACACCACCGACCCUAGUGCAGACGCAGGUGGAGGGAGGCUCCACCCUGUUCAAGCUGGAUUACUUUGGGGAAGAGGCCUAUUUGACCCAGUCGUCCCAGCUGUACCUGGAGACCUGCCUGCCGGCCCUGGGAGACGUCUUCUGCGUGGCUCAGUCGUACCGGGCCGAGCAGUCCAGGACCCGCAGGCACUUGGCAGAGUACACUCACAUCGAAGCUGAGUGUCCUUUCAUAAGUUUUGAGGAUUUGUUGGACCGUCUGGAGAAUUUGGUGUGUGAUGUCGUAGACAGAGUCUUGAAAUCACCUGCAGCGGGUUUCCUGUAUGACCUCAACCCGGGCUUCCAGCCCCCCAAACGUCCCUUCCGACGCAUGAACUACACCGAGGCCAUUGAGUGGCUGAAGGAACAUGAUGUGAAGAAGGAAGAUGGCACCUACUAUGAGUUUGGGGAGGAUAUUCCCGAAGCCCCCGAGAGACUGAUGACAGACACCAUUAACGAGCCCAUCCUGCUGUGCCGCUUCCCUGCAGAGAUCAAGUCGUUCUACAUGCAGCGCUGCCACGACGACGCGCGGCUCACCGAGUCUGUGGACGUGCUGAUGCCAAACGUGGGUGAGAUUGUUGGGGGCUCCAUGCGCACGUGGGACAGCGAGGAGCUGCUCGAAGGCUACAAGAGGGAGGGCAUUGAUCCCACCCCCUACUACUGGUACACGGAUCAGAGAAAAUACGGUACGUGCCCUCACGGGGGAUAUGGUUUGGGAUUGGAGCGGUUCCUGACCUGGAUCCUGAACAGACACCACAUCCGAGAUGUCUGUCUCUACCCACGCUUUGUGCAGCGCUGCAAACCUUAGCCAUCCUUGGGAAAAUCUCCUGGAAAAACCGAGCAGCUGAUGCUUGGGAAAGAACAAUACACUCUGCUGUACUACAGCCUGUCCAACAACAACACUUCCUGCAACCUGUUGCUAAUUCAAAUACCUAUUUAGGAUGUGAAAUGGAAAAGAAACAACCCUCUUUUUCUAAAAAAUGCUACUAAUUAACUGGAAGAAGCCUUAGAAAAAUUGUUGAGCUACGUGUAUGCUCUUGAGUCAACACAAAACAAAGAUCCUGAUAAGUUGUCAUUUAAAACCCAAGAUACGCUUCUGCUUUUAAUUUCUGUGACUUAAAAUAUGCUGGGCAUUUG